AUGGCCGUGCCUCGCUCGGGAUUGGGCCAGAAUGCAGCACUCACGAGAGCUCUCGUGAAAGCCGGGGCCUUUGCACCGCAGCUGCUAGACCAAGCCGUGGCCCGACGCGUGGAGCCAAACGUGAGGCACCUGGGCGCUUCUAUGGCGGCCACUUGCCGCGCCACGCUGUGGACGGAGGUAUUGGGCCUUUUGCACCGUUGGCACCUGCACCGUCUCCACCCGGACGCCAUCGUGUAUGGCAUUGCAGCCAAUGCAUGUCGAAAGGGUGCAUCUUGGCUUGGUGCGCUGCAAGUGAUGGACGACAUGGAGGCUGCGUACCUGCAGAGAGACCUCGUCACCAUGAACACCUCCUUGCGAGCCAUGGUGGAUGCUGCGAAAUGGCGUCAAGCAUUGCAGCUGUUGAAGCAUAUGGUGAAUUCGAUGAGGGUUGAUGUUGUGUCCUUUACGGAGGGUAUAGCUGCAUGUGGCGCAGUGGCGAGGUGGCAGCAAGCGAUGUCACUGCUAGUCUUGGCCGAUGAACAGAUGGUGGCACACGACUCCCACAGCUAUAAUUCUGCCAUAGCCGCAUGUGAUGGUGCCUCCUGUUGGACCAUCGCACUACUGCUUGCCGACGACAUGCGUCGAAGGCAAGUGCAGCAAAACCUGGUGAGCAUGAAUUCGUGUAUUAGUGCUGCAAGCAAUGCGGCUGCUUGGCCAGUGGUGGCAGCACUUUUUCAGAAGCUGCCCGACAUGCUCAUUAGACCCGACGACAUUACGUACGGGUCGGUCAUCAAUGCGUUCCAAAAAGCUGCACGCUGGCAGAUGGCCCUGCACUUCAUGGCCCUGUGGCAAGGGCGAGGCUCAGCGCGGUGGACCCAAGCGAGGAUGAACAUGUCGAACUCCUUGAGACACCAAUAG